UGUGGGUCUAAGCCAGAAGCAGCUCCUUUCAGCACCUCGCUCCUCCAAUGUUUUGGAAGCUCAGCCUUCCUCUGCUUCGGGCCCAGGAUGCAGAAGACCAAGUGGAAACAUCAGUGAUGCAUCCAGUCCUAAAGGCCUUUGUGUGUGGCUCCAUCAGUGGGACUUGCUCCACGCUCCUCUUCCAACCCCUUGACCUGCUGAAAACCCGCCUGCAAACACUGCAGCCUGCUGUGAAUGGGUCCGGUCGUGCUGGGAUGGUUACUCUGCUCUUCAGGGUUGUUCGUACUGAGAGUCUUCUGGGGCUCUGGAAAGGUGUCUCUCCAUCCUUUGCAAGAUGCAUUCCUGGGGUUGGGAUUUACUUCAGCACUUUGUACAUGAUGAAGCAAAAGCUUCUGGUGGACCGUUCACCCACAGCCCUGGAGUCUGUCUUUCUGGGUGCCACUGCUCGUGCAGUUUCUGGGAUCUGCAUGCUGCCAGUGACUGUAGUGAAGACCCGAUACGAGAGUGGAAGAUUUGGCUAUGGGAGUGUAUAUGGAGCUCUGAAGAAUAUCUAUCAGACAGAAGGGGCUCGUGGCAUGUUCAGUGGGCUCACUGCCACGCUGCUGCGGGAUGCUCCCUUCUCUGGCAUCUACCUGAUGUUCUACACACAGACCAAAAAGCUUACACCUCAGGACCAGCUGGAUCCGGUGCUCAUGCCCUUGUUGAAUUUUGGCAGUGGGAUCUUUGCAGGCAUCUUGGCCUCCCUGGCAACACAGCCUGCUGAUGUCAUCAAAACACACAUGCAGCUGUCCCCCAACAAGUACCACAGGACAAGCCAAGCCGCUGCCUUCAUCUACAAGGACUUUGGGUUGGUCGGCUUCUUCCGAGGGGGCGUGCCCCGUGCCCUCAGGCGGACUCUGAUGGCAGCAAUGGCUUGGACAGUGUAUGAACAGAUGAUGGAAAAAAUGGGCUUGAAAUCCUGACUGAGUUGCACAAGAAAUGUCCAGCUUCACUCCUCCUUCUGCUUGCUGUGAUCAACUGGCACUAGGAAGUUCCCAGUUCCACAGAGGAAAAAGCCUUGCUCGGCCUGGCAGCAGAAAGCUUGUCUGAGAUGGGGGCUUAGGCCUUUGGGCAAAUAGGGGAAAGAAGGAUCAUUUGUUCAGUGCAUUCCAGAACUGUGCUUGCAGACUGCCACAGCAAGUGGCAGGCUUGCCAUGGACUGGUAACUAUGCUGAGAGAAAAGCCCCUUUGGAAAAUAGCUGUGCUCACCGCUGUAGGCAACGAGGCAUUGCUGAGCAGAAGUGUUUGAGGAGAAAACAGUGACUGCAGACCCUUGGCUGUUCCUUGCUGAUCUAUGCAACACCCCACUGUGGUGUAGAUCCUCCUUCCUCAUGUUAUGUUCUCACAGGGCGAUGUUGCAGA